UGUCAUCUGAAUGCUUGUUAGUUACGGUUGUAGUUUCGAAAAUAUACCCUCUGCACUGCUGAGCAAACCGAGGUUCCACCACGGCUGAUUGCAAGUUGGAGUAUUGAAUUUCGAGCCACGAACAGUACGUUUUCGGCUCCAUGAUAGUCCGCUAACUUGGUACAACGUGUAGGUCGACUAGGUUGUUGCAAAGACGACUUUUGUGGCGGUUUUUGUUAUUGUCCGCUCCGUGACGAAAUCCGCGAAAACUUAGUAAGACGGAGAUAAGGAAGCGCCAAUUCGCUUAAUACUGGUAGCGUGGAUUGUACUUGUGGAUCUUGUCGACGCGUUUAAAAACAAAUUUCAUUUUCAUUUGUGGACCAUGUUUGCUAUCUGAUCACGGUUCGUUGUUAAUUUUGUUGAGUGUGGGCGUUUGGGUUCCAGAGUAGCUAACUCUGCGUGGAGUUUCAGCACUAAAUAUUGACGGUUUUGGUGACGAAAUUUCCCAAAAAAUUGAGUUUCGAUCGGUGCAAAAAUUCGAAAUAUUCAAUAAGGUUUCCGCGUGUUUCCAGCUGUUCAUUGUAUGGUUUCAUCAUAUGCGCGAUAAUCGUGACCUGUGAUCUUGAAAAGCAGUCAAGAUUGUUAAUAUCGCGACGAUCGUGUUUGUGUGCAAGCAUAUGUGAGCAGUGCGAGUAGAAACUUUAGUAUUGAGUUGGUACUAUCAGGCGUGCGCGCAAGAAUAAGUUACUCGCGGGUGAUUGUGGGUGCUUUUUGAGAAUAUUAUCACGUUCGUCCAAGUUUUCCGGUUUUUUUUUUCACGAUAGGAGAGUUUUCUUUUCGCUCAAGGAAAACAUUCGAUUUUUUUAGAUAAAGUGGCCAAAAACUAGAGAUCGCGAUCGAACAAUAACUACGGGACCGCUUGGAAUACCGAUUCAAGAUUGAUGUGAGAAGUGCUACCGCGUUUUGUGCAAAGAAUUUGAUCUUUAGUGAAGCGCCGUUUUCUCGGACAACCAAACACUCGUUAAUGAUUAGUGUUUAAACGUGUGUCCUUGAUAUUACUAACAAAGUGUUCUAAACUAGACUCGAAUAUCCGGAUUCAAACUUCGUUCGUUUAGAAUAUGGUAGCGUGGUUAUUUCUACGACAUCGAAAUUAUACAAUAUUUAACUAGAAAUUCUCUUGGAUAAAGUAUUUAAAUCAAAUUACAAUUUCAAUUUUUCAAAAAAUAACGUGCGCAGGAAGCAUAGUCGUGCGCGGCGCGACGCAAUUAAAAUAUAUUCUAUAAUCAUGACUUAAGCUUAAUUAAUUUUGUUUUUUAAAACAACCGAAACGAAAAAAAAAAUAAGUAAUCGAUGAAAUAUUCUAUUCAAUUCGUAUAAAUGUUUGUGCCGUUCUAUCUGGUGGUGGUGGCGAUAUUCUUGUUUAAAUAAUUGUGAUAUAAUUUAAAAAAAAAAGUUCGCAUCGACAAUCCAGAAAUUAAGAAACGCAGCACUUAGAUUAUUUAAGCCGACCAGGGCGCUUUAUCAACGACGCCAACUUUUCUUUUUGGUACAGUUUUGCGCCAUUUUGAUUGUUGUAAUUGUCGUCCGUCGAAAAUAAGCAGUUAAGUGUGUUCUCUGUAUUCAAAAUGGAAGCAUACGAAAUAGAUACAGAUGAUGUUACAGAUAUCAUCAAUAUAAGUGAUGUCAUCUCUGCUAUUGAAAAGGCAGAUCCAACGUAUAGUACAAAUACGACGCCUGCAGGGGGCGGCGGUGGAGGCGGGAGUAAAAAUAUGGAUCAACAGGCGCAAAUGCAAAAUCAACAAGGACUAGCUCAGCCGCAACAGCAGCAACCGCCGCAACAGCAUCAGGCUGCAAGGAGUAUCAGACGACGAGCUCAUGUUCGGAUAAUCGAGCAGCCUGCCAGCAAGGCCCUACGAUUUCGAUAUGAAUGCGAAGGACGAUCGGCUGGCUCAAUUCCGGGCGUUAAUAGUACGUCCGAGAAUAAAACUUAUCCAACUAUUGAAAUUGCUGACUACGUAGGACGUGCCGUUGUUGUUGUUUCAUGUGUUACAAAAGAUCCACCAUAUAGACCUCAUCCCCAUAAUUUAGUUGGUAGGGAAGGAUGCAAAAAAGGCGUGUGUACGGUAGAAAUAAAUAGUGAAACAAUGCGUGCAGUAUUCAGUAAUUUAGGUAUACAGUGUGUUAAAAAGAAAGAUAUUGAAAGUGCACUUCGUGCUCGUGAGGAAAUCCGUGUCGAUCCUUUCAAGACUGGAUUCGAUCAUCGUUUUCAACCUGCUAGUAUAGAUUUGAAUUCUGUUCGUUUAUGUUUCCAAGUUUUUCUGGAAAGUGACGUUAAAGGACGCUUUACAACCCCGCUCACACCUGUUGUAUCCGAUCCAGUAUAUGAUAAGAAAGCUAUGUCCGAUUUAGUAAUAUGCAAAUUAUGUAAAUGCUCAAGUACUGUUGCGGGUGGUAAAGAGAUUAUCCUUCUUUGUGAGAAGGUAGCAAAAGAAGAUAUAGCUGUGAGAUUUUUUGAAGAGAAAGAUGGUCAAACAGUUUGGGAAGCUUACGGAGAAUUCCAGCAUACUGAUGUACAUAAGCAAACAGCAAUAAAUUUCCGCACACCGAGAUAUCGAACGCUUGAUAUAGAACAGCCAGUGAAGGUUUUUAUUCAACUCAAACGACCAUCGGACGGUGCAACAAGCGAACCAAUACCCUUCGAUUAUCUCCCAUUGGAUUCAGACCCAAGCGUUUUAAAACGCAAGCGACAAAAGUUUGGCGGUGAAGCUAGUUCGCAUUUGUUUAAGCAUUUUCAGGAACAGCAAAAAUUGCAAGAACCACAUCAAGCUCAGGAUGGUCGCCAACACCUCGGAUUCCUCAACAUCGCUCAGACAACCGCGAUAAAGGCCGAACCAAGAGAUACAUCACCGCUUCCCUACACGAUGUUCGGCAAUACGACGGCAUACCGGAUGCCUGAGAACAGUCCAUCUCCCCAACCCCUAUCCCCGUCUAAUCCAAUGUAUAACCUAAGUAAUACUCCAUCACCUUACAACAUGGCUGGUGGUAACAUGAUAUCCCCAACUAAUCAGCAGUACACUGGUGCCGGAGCAGCAGGAGGACUCAGUCCUAAUAUGAAUAUGGAUAUGAACGAAAUGGGUGCCGCAGGGGCAUAUCAGCAACAUUAUCAACCCCAGCAGAAUGCAGCAAUAGACAAUUAUAGUCAAAUGGCUCCUCAAAUGACCCAGCAACAACACCAUUGGAACCUCCCGCCGUCGACAUCAGCCGCAGUUAUGAGCAAUCUCCUCACCACGAACUCUACCCUAGCUGGAAGUCAAACUCAACAGCAGUGGAAUCUUCCUGCAGGCAUCAAGCAAGAACAGUUGACAACCGUCAACCAUCUCGCGUCGAAUCCUUUUAUGAUGAGCGUUGGCGGUAAUUCUACCAUUGGAGGACAACACCAGCAGAACAAUACGACCAGCAACAUGAAUAUCAGUGACGCACCAAAUAUCAGUAGUUUAUUGGACAUGGAUAGUGAACAGUUGAUACACUUCAAUUCCGCUGAGUUAUCUAAUCUGUCGCUAUCUUAAAAUUUAUUGGACAAAUUAGAAAAAAGAAUUCUGAAUUUAUUUUCAACGAAUAGAUUCUAUACGUUUUCUGUAUAUAAUUUUGUAUGUUAUGUAAAAUUUUGGACGAAAUAAGAUGAUAAGCGAAAUAAAAACUUGGAAAACCUUUAGAA